AUGUCUUCCAACAUUAGUCCUGCUGCUGCCACCACUGCCAACCAGGCACUCAUUGCCCUUCUUGGCAGGUUGAAUGAGAUGGUUGAAGAGGUUCUCCGGUCCCGAAUGAUGCCAUUCACUCCUACCGGACGACGGCUACCUACAUCUCCCUUCGCCUACUCUCUAUGGCAGCUGAGAUUCAUAGAGCUCAGAGGGGUGCCACGCGAUUGGUGCAAGUACCCGGAUUGGACUCGCGUUGGCAACAAUGAGGACAUUUGCCGAGGACAUCCAUUAUACCCCAAGACAUUGGGUCCUCCUCCCACUCAUACAACCCCUACCUCCGCACCAGCACUUCCAUCUGGCCCUCCACCGGCCCCGGUACUACCGGCUCCCAGCACAAUCCGCAUUCCUGGCAAUGCAACAUCUGGUGCCAUCGCAGGCCCAUCAAAACCAUGUCAAGAGGGCCAGAAGGCUAUCCCCAAGUCGAAGCCACUGUUGACAGACACCGACACUGAUGGCGAUACAGUUCACAUCAGCAAAGAUAAGCCCAAGGCGAAGGGAAAAGGAAAGGCGAAGGCGAAGGCAAGGGCAGCAUCACCGGAUAGCGAAAUCCGGCAAAUGACGAUGGAAGAUGGCGAUCAUGAUCAGGAAGUCAUU